UGAUAAUGGUACGGUCGACUCCGCUGUCAAGUUGAAAUUGCCCAUUUCAAGGGCAGUAAUACCGCCUUGUUUUCACUUUUCUUGGCUCUCUAACCUUUAAGCAAACAUGCUUUGCAAAGUCUGGCAAAUGCGCAGUUGUGCAUCAAUCCUGCACCAAACUGUUUCUUGGAAAGUCGGAUCAUCAAGGCAGAAACACACACUUCCUGACCUGACCUAUGAUUACGGCGCCCUGGAGCCCCACAUCUGUGCAGAGAUAAUGCAGCUGCACCACAGCAAACAUCAUGCUACAUAUGUCAACAACCUCAAUGUUACAGAGGAGAAGUAUCAGGAGGCACUUGCAAAGGGAGAUGUGACUGCACAGGUUACCCUUCAGCCUGCUCUGAAGUUUAAUGGAGGAGGUCACAUUAACCACACUAUCUUCUGGACAAACCUUUCUCCCAAUGGUGGAGGCGAGCCGCAAGGGGAGCUGAUGGAGGCCAUCAAACGAGACUUUGGCUCCUUCCAAAAGAUGCAAGAGAAGCUCUCUGCUGCUACUGUGGCUGUGCAGGGCUCAGGAUGGGGAUGGCUGGGCUAUGACAAAGAGAGUGGGAGGUUACGCGUUGCUGCUUGUGCUAACCAAGACCCCCUGCAGGGAACAACAGGUCUCAUCCCUCUCCUCGGUAUUGACGUUUGGGAGCAUGCUUACUAUCUUCAGUAUAAAAAUGUGCGUCCUGACUAUGUAAAGGCUAUUUGGAAUGUAGUUAACUGGGAAAAUGUGAGUGAGCGUCUUCAGAUAGCCAAAAAGUAGACGCUAAAGCCCUCAAAGCUCUCACAACACCUUUAACUUACGACUUUAAUGAAAAAGUGGUUGCAAAUAACACAUUUAAUCAGACUUGUGGUUAAAAUUGUCUCAUGAUCAAUAGCAUCAAAACAAACAAGUGUCAGUUGUUACAGACAUUCUGGAGGAUGCACAUUGUGUGAAUAAACUUUCAAGUUGUAUGCAAUCGCUUUUAACCGGCUGUCAACCACCACACUUGUCAGAACGCACAAAAAAAGCCACCUUUAUGUCGAAGCUGGCUUUUGUUUUUGAUGAUGAAAGAACAAAUUCUGUGAGCUGUAUCGUUGUCUGACUUACAUGACACUAAAACCAGAUGGCGUGGCUCUAGUUCAUGUUUUUGAUGUAAUAAAUUCAAGGACUUUAAAUAAAAAAGUUGUUUGGUUUCA